AUGGCGCCCUCGAGGUUAACCUCGGCCAAGUUCGUGCUGGCUCACUGGGAAAAGCAGGUACAGGACUUUGGCAAAAAAGCCUGUGCAGCUCUACGUUUAGCCUCUCCAAAGGCGCAGGGAAGCGGCACAGAAUUGUUGGAGGGCCUAGGUGUAUUUGCCGUCACGACAUCGACAUCUGAGGUGCCGCAAGAUCCGGCCGCGCCUUCGGGGCGGCCGAAGAUCGCCCUGCGCGGUGCCAAGGCGGGCACGACGCCGGGCCCGCCGUUGCCGUCCCGGGCCUCCGAGGCCUCAGAGGAGAUUUCUCCUCGGACGAAGGAUGAAGGGGGGCCUGCACUUACGAUCGUCUUGAUCGUCUUCAUCGUCGUCGGAGCCGCACUGACGGCUCUGAUGUUGGCCAAAGUCUGCGCACAUCGAAAGCGCAGCGACAGAGCCUUGGACGCAUGUCGGAAAGCCAUCAAGUCAACCUCCCUUUCUUUAUCUGUUUAUACCACCCAUAAAACGAUGAUUUUGGGGAUGAAUUAG